AUGGGAUGAGGGGACAGAGAGGGAUGUCACACAUCAGUCAAGUCUUCUCUAAAGGUUGUUCCACAACCAGCUUCGCUUUCAGUAUGGACAAGACUCAUCUUUCAAGCCCUAAUGACAUAAUAAUGACAAGCUCAACAGGCUCCUAUCAACAGGAGCCACUCACUCCGCCCAGACCCACCCAUCUUCACUCCUCAUCUUCCUCCUUAUCCUCCCCCUCCCCCUCUUCUUCUUCUUCACCUCUCAAACCUAACCAGGUUGGCCAGGUCAUCCUAUACGGCGUUCCUAUUGUAUCACUAGUUAUUGAUAACAAUGAGAGACUUUGUCUGGCACAAAUUUCCAACACACUCCUGAAGAACUACAGUUAUAAUGAGAUUCAUAACCGGCGUGUGGCGCUGGGCAUCACCUGUGUCCAGUGCACUCCUGUUCAGUUGGAGAUCCUCCGCAGGGCCGGUGCCAUGCCCAUCUCAUCACGCCGCUGCGGCAUGAUCACCAAGCGUGAAGCUGAGCGCCUGUGCAAAUCCUUCUUGGGAGAAAACGCACCGCCAAAACUGCCCGACAAUUUCGCCUUUGACGUAACACAUGAAUGCGCCUGGGGUUGUCGUGGUAACUUCAUACCGGCACGUUACAACAGCUCCAGGGCCAAGUGCAUCAAGUGCUCCUUGUGCAACAUGUACUUUUCACCAAAUAAGUUUAUUUUCCAUUCCCACCGCACACCAGACGCCAAGUACACCCAGCCUGAUGCUGCCAACUUCAACUCCUGGCGACGACACCUCAAACUUUCUGACAAACAUCCACCCGAUGAGUUAGUCUACGCAUGGGAAGAUGUCAAAGCUAUGUUCAAUGGAGGCAGUCGAAAGAGAGCGCUACCUUCUUCAGCCCAGUGCUCUUCCAUGGGUUCAUUGAAAGCUCUCCCAGGUUCAGUGGUCCCACACAUGAUGGGGCCUGACUUGGGUGCUCAGAAAAGAUCCCGCUUCGAAGAUGAGGAUGAUUUGGAUGGGGGCAGUCUAUCUCCCCGCAAGACACCACGCAGCUACCCUGUCAUCCCUGUCCCAAGCAAAGGGUUCGGCAUGUUGCAGAAGUUCCCUCCUACGUCAUUGUUCCCUACCCCUUAUCCCUUUCCAGCAUUUGGUCUCUGCCAGCAGAAAAAAGAGGACAGUGAUGUUUCAGCUGGGCAGAAAGGUGCAGGGUUGUCAGGUCUGUUGUGGCCUGGCCGUAAAGACACUUUUUAUCCUCCCUUCUGCAUGUUUUGGCCACCAAGAGCAGCAGGAGGAAUUCCUGUCCCAACCUACCUCCAGCCACAGCCCAGCACCCUCUCCUCACUGACAGACAACCCAUCUCUCAGGCAGGCCUUUCUAGAUCUCUCCGACCACAGUGAAUCUGGAGCUGUAAACGGCAACGGAAAUAGUGUCAGUGCAUCUAUGGCCCCCAGCAGUGCGACCACCACACCCAGAUCUGGUCUGUUUGACCAAGAGUGCGCAACAGUUACCCCUGAACUUCGACCUUUGACAUCAGAGGGAUGGCUCAAACUGUUAGACAACCCAACCCUCCAAACAAGAAAGCCGAGCUACGGCUCUGCCUUCCGUCCAGUCAUUAAAGAUGCUGACAGCAUUGCUAAGCUCCACGGCAAUAGUGGAGCAACAGAUGAGGACUUUGGGGUUGUGGUCACAGAGUCAGACCGACACCAGCGACUUUCGCCCACCAGCAGCUGCACUUAUGGAAGUGAAAGUGGAGGCGAUGGAGAAGCAGAGGGAGCAGAGAGCGAGGAGGAGGGAGAAGUGGAUGUAGAGUCAUCAAAGCAGGAGGAUGAUGAAGAGGGGAGUUUCACCAGCAGGCCACCACAGACUCAAACCAGCCUGUACCUCCCUGCUCCAAGUGACAGCGCUGGAGAGGAAAGGGGGCAGGAUAGAGGGAGUGGUGCAAUGUAUCCCAGCACCUCCCCUCGAUCCUCCUCAAAUCCCAUCCUGCAGGAGUCCCCGAGUCUACCGGCCUCUCCUCAUGCCAGCUUGCCUCUCUCCAGCUCUACUCCGCCUCACAGAGAAGACACAGCUUACAAAAAUAUUCAGAAAAACAGAGAUGAAGGACUUCCUGCAUAUGCAACCAAAGAGAAUUCCAGCAUUUCUGAUGAAAACAAAGAGCAGGGUAGCUUCUUUGUGGCCGAGAGUGAGACAUCAGCACCAGACUAUUGGAGAGAGAGCUCAGGUGAUCAGAGCAGAGGUGCUGCCUCUCCUGUUUCUCUAAAGAAGGAUGUGGAGAACAUGGAAAAAGAGGAGCUCCAAAAGGUUCUACUGGAGCAGAUUGACUUCAGGAGGAGGCUGGAGCAAGAGUUUCACGCUUUGAAGGGCACAUCACCAUUUCCUGUCUUCCAUAAUUUUCAAGAUCAAAUGAAACGAGAGCUCGCCUACAGAGAGGAAAUGGUCCAGCAGUUACAGAUGAUUCCUUAUGCGAACAUCAUUAGAAAAGAAAAGAUCAGCUCCCAUCUCAGCAAGUAGCCAAAAGGAUAAGUUGACAAAAUCAAGAAAAGGAAGCCGCUUGGAUUUUUUGAACAAAUCAUACAUUCUUUUACAGAAGUGACACAAAACAAAACAAAAAAAAAAGAUCAAAACAUGAAGGAAUUUUAAACUGUUAUAUACAUAUACAUUUCUUGCAUUUUCCGAGGACAGUGCUUGUUUGGCUGCUUCUUGACCGUCACCUCUGUUAAUAGCCCUGCACACACUCCAUUUGCUGACGACUCAUUUGGACCACGUCAUACUGAUACCAGUGUAGGGGUAAAAUAUUUCUGAAGGAUUUAUUUUUCUUGGUUGAAAUUUCUUUUCCAAACUGAUAGUCAUCAAAGCAGCUGACACAAACGUGUGACAUCAGGAGAAAUGCAGCAAUUCCUGGUGUUUCAUUAUUGCUCUGUUGUCAGAAUCUAAGCUUUAUCCAACCAAGACUGAAGCAAGCAAGGUCCAAAUUAUCCUUGGUGAACUUUUUAAAGACCAAGACAUCAGAGAUCAGCCAAGAAGUCACACGUACAGGAAGGCUGGACAUCAUUAUCAAUGGUUCUGACUACUGUUGCUGCAUCUGAUCGGUGUUGCAGUUGUAUCACCACACAGGGACUCCUCAUCAUACGGAGCUGUGACCCUUCUCUGUUUACAGAAAUCAUCACCUCCAAUUAUCAACAUGGCUUGGUACAAAGAAGCUCUGACUGUUAUAUGUGCAUAGCAUGAAAAUAGAAAAAAUAACACUCUAAGGAAGAAAAAUUAACACAACACAGGCAGUAUUUAUGAUUAGUGUUGUAAACCUAAUGGUGCAUAGAGAACAGUAUUAAAAUGGUGAUUUUUACACUGGCAGAACAGUGUACAGUAUCCAUGAUUUCUAAAUGUAUUCAAAGUUAAAGUACUUUGUUUAUAGCAGAUGUUAUAGCAUUGUCAAAACACAAUCUGUUACAUCUGUUAACAUUUUAUUUAUACAGGGAAUUUCACCCCAAAGUUAUAUUUGGUGUUACCUUAAUGUUUGACCUUGUACAAUAUCAACCAGAGCAGCUGGUCUUUUGCUAAAAGGCACACAAAUGAUCAUUUUUAUUCUCCAACCAUUUUUCCCCAGUCAUAGCACCCUCAGUAUUGACCUAGUGUUAAGGUGAUGUUGCUGCCAUCAGCUGAUAGAUGGUGAUUAAAGAAGUGUGCAGCCAGUGGGGAGCAAAAGUUUGCAUUUUCAGUAUUGUGUAUCUAUGUAAAUAAACUCGUCUGGUUGUAUAUAAAGUCAUACAUAAGAAUGCUGAACCUUAAGGAUUCUCUGUAUAUGUGUUUGUUUAUUUAUUUGAGUAUUAAACCCUGACGCCCUGAUUGUGAGAAUACUAUUUACCAUAAUGUUAAAAGAAAGAAACAUGAUGAUGAUGAUGAUGCAGUUAAGUGUUAGUCAAAGAGUAUAAAUGACAACCCACUCACUUUGUUUAUAGAAUGAAUGGAAUAUCUUGUCAUAUGAUAAAAUGUCACAAUUA